GCUGUGACAAUGAGCUAUGCGUAAAAGUUAAAAAUAACCAAAAAGGGCAUCUACGAUUCAAGAUGGCGACACUGGGUAUGCUGUUGGUACUCCUGUCCACUACAGGAGUAGCCAUGGCAUACGAUUGUUAUACCACUACCUCUGAGUACAGUUUCGAGUACGGCAGUCUGAGGUAUAAGAGUGAGUCGUUCUACUGUAAUGACGGUUGUUGUGGAGGGUUCUCUGGCUACUACUACUGCUGUCCUGCACCAGACGUCGACUACUACGGCUAUUCAGAGUAUGUAUCCAAAGCUACCGGGGGGAUCAUAGCCGGUAUAGUGAUCGGCAGUCUGGUCGGCGUAGGGCUAUUCGUAGCCUUUAUUGUUUUCAUAUGUGUGUGCUGUGUGAACGCCAACCGACGCUCCAUGCCCGGACAGGUUAUAGGGACACCGGCGACCGGACAACAAAUCGCAUACGUCAACACACAUUCUGUCCAGCCGGGAUAUAUAGCUCAACCAGGAAUGCAACCCUAUCGUAACCAAGGUUUUACGCCGGACGCUGGUACCGCGUACAUUCCCGGACCAGUCACCUACACACCUGGUGGACAGUACUCCCCUUCCUGUGAUAUCGGUGCCGAAGGUGGAUUCGGCGGUGGAAUCGCCUCGUGUGAUGGCGGCGGGAUUGGGGGUGGAUUAGGGGGUGGUAGUGACUGUGGAGGAGGAGGAGGAGGAGGAGGUGGGGGGGGUGGUGGUGGUGGUGGUGGUAGUGGUGAUGGUGGUGGAGGAGGCUGUGGCGGAGGAGAUUGAAAAAUACUAUUUUUAUAUCAAAGUAGUUGUGAUUCAUCAUUUAUGAUACUGUAUAUAACAUAUAUGCAUAUGUGAUAUAUUAUAUAUAUGUGAGAGAUUAUGUGAAGUAUAUACAGAUAAUGUAUUUUUUCUGAUAGAGUAGCACUCAGGGUUAUGCUAGAAAUAAACUAUGCAUAUUCGUGUAUAAAAAUCGCAUAUCUGUUAGAUUUUUGUUUUCACCUGUACACAUUUCUCGGUAACUUUUAUAACUUGAAUGAAUUAAGGAUUCUGGUGUUUUUUUUAAAUUUCAGUAAAAGAUAAUUUACAGCUGAUCUCUGUGUAUAUUUUAGACAAAAAGUUGAUCCAUCAAUUCUGUGAAAACAAGAACCUAUUUACUUAAAAUUUGUUUAUUUACUUAAAUAACUGUCUGACCUUUCUCCACUAUGGCAUCAUGCUGUUUUAUUAUAGAAAUGCUUAUUUACUGCUGCUCUUGCCCCAGUUGUAAAGGUUUACAAGGUUUGCCAAUAUACCCUGAUGUUUUUAAUAGGGUUUUAUUGGAAAGGAACGAGUUGUUAAGUCCGGUCGUAUAUAAUAUCGGUAUGACACGAACGAUGAACAAACAUGAUGGAGUGGCUUCCCUUGAUUGAAACUAUCACCUACAUUUCGUUGUAAAAUAUGGUAAUAUGUGCAUUUGUAUUCUCGCCUUCACAAUUUCUGUAAUCAUUUUUUGUUGAGUAGAAUUCAAUAAUGUCUUUAAAACCUAUUCCAAUUACUGUAUGUAAAAGCAAUACAAUAUGUUUAAACUAAGAUUGAAUAUGUUUGUCUUAAAUCAAUAUUUUAUAUAAUUAAUAUUUUAUAUCAUUUAUAUAAGUGUGUUAUUUGAAAAUUAAAUAUCAUUUUGAAUAAAUAUAUAUUAUAUCCCUACUCCAUUUUAAAUUAGAGCCGUAAGAUUAUUUUUAUCGGAAGAACUGAUGGAAAUGAUUUAUUUAUUAUCAUUUAUUGAACAGAUAAGCAAGUAGCAAUAUAUUUGGUUGAUAGUAUUUCAAAAACUUUGAUUUGACCGGAAAAUCAUGACUAAUUCCACAGAAGGAACAACAAUAACUAACUUACCUAAGUAUCUCAUGUCUUUUAGUAUUAUGUUUUUUUUAUUUUUUAUUUUUGUGAUUUGUUAAUUUUGCUUUAAGUAACCAAUGUAACUAGAUCAACAAAGAAAAGAAAAGA